GUGUUGGGAACAUUUCGGAACCCCGCAAAAAACUGUUGCUAGUCGUGGGAGAGUACAUUUAUGGCACAACAUCAUCAGUAGAGUGAAAGUCAAGAUUUACUGCCAGUACUUCUGCGACUACCUAGUAGUAAGUUGUAUCGACAAAAAAUACUAAGUCGGAGACGUAAUUGACAACUCUCCUAGUAUAUUACCAUGUGAUGUCAUUUCAUCAGGAGAAGGAGAUGAUGCACUUCGGGAACCGCGACAAAAGCAUUCUGCAUUAAGGCCAACAAUAUAAGUACGUAGGCUACUCCAUCUACUUACAUCAUCCGAUUCAUUGUUGGAACACUUCUGAAAACAUUUUUCAACACCUUGAAAGAGGGGAGGGGACAUCACUUCUUUCAAUCACGUCAUUUUUUAUUUGUCAUUGUACAUUUCGAACUCUAACGACAACAACGCGAAAACCGAGUUCUUUCUUGGGUCGACGCCCUCUUUUCUGCUGCUGCUGCUGGCCAGCAGCCAGUCACAAUAAUGGACGAGAAAGGUCUGAACAAGAAGUACUAUUUUCUGUAUCGUGGUAUUCACAUUGGGCACCCAGUAUAACAAUCCAGCAAGAACAACAACAGCAACGCCAAGAACAAAGCCUCCAACAAGACGAUUCUUUGUUUCUUAUCUCUGACGUGCUGUGGCCUACGUCCUCGUAUCGAAGCGUUGCGGCAAAC